GCUCACACACACACCUCACACACUCUGCUCACACACACACACACUCACUGCUCACACACACACCUCACACUCUCUCCAGCCGCUCGCCUCUCCGGCUGCAGGACGCCGUCGCUGUGAGGAGCCGCCGCCUCUCAACCAGUCACGCCACCAUGAGGUCUGUGGGAGGCCCUUCCUCGCCCGUCUCCUCUUCCUCAGAGGAAGCUCCGCCCCCGCUCUUCUCCAUCACCAGCCGGCGGCUCCAGGACGAGUUUCUGAAAGAGCGCCUGAGGAGGCUGGAGUCCCGGAGCGACGCCUCCUCCACGCUAAGCUCCUCCCCCUCCUCCGGAAGCCCCGCCUCCCCGGCUGCCUCCCCACUACGCUCCCCCUCCCCGCAGGCUCCGCCCCCUCCCUCCCCCUGCUCCCCCGGAACCCCGCCUCCCCGCUGA